AUGGCUGGCCCCAACCCUCAACAGAUGGCCGCCAUGCAGCAGCAGUUCGCCGCUGAAGCCGCCAAAAGAGGGAUGACUCCAGAGCAGUUUGCACAGAAGCAGCGUGAACAGCUGACUGCCGACGCCGAGAAGCUCGGUUUGACUCCGGAACAAUAUGUUGCGCAACUGCGCAUGCGUGCGAUGCAACAACAUCAGCAGCAAGCCCAACAGCAAGCCCAGCAACAGGGUCAAGCACCACCACCACAGCAAGGCCAACCGGGCCAAUCGCCCGCGCCACAACAGCAGAUUCACCAAGUUCCCGUCCAGCCAGGUCAGCCUGCGGAUCCUAAGGCCAUCGCCGUGGCCAACUUUCUGCGGUCGCAGAAUCUGAAACCGCGGACUUGCAUUUUGGAUGGACAACGAAAGGAUAUGUUCAAGGUCAAGCGAGCCAUCCGUGCUAUCGAGUCCCCCGCGUAUGCCAAGGCCGCCGCAAAGAAGAACUCCAAGCUCCCUCCCGUGACCGACCGCGCCUCCGCUGAGAACGUCUUCAAGCUCCUCCCACUCUCGCUGCUGGCACUGCGAGUUUCUAAAAUUGAUCCCCACGCUGGACACGACCAUGCUAAGCCGAAGAACCGUGUGAAGGGUCUCUGGACCGUCAAGGUCGAGCAGCACCAGGAGACAAAUGAUAUGAUGCACUACGUCUGGCUAUAUGAAGGACCUCAGUGGAAGCAAAAGGCCAUGGCUGCCGCCGUUGUGGCGGGUAUCUUUGCUGUUGUUCUCUUCCCUCUGUGGCCGAUCAUGCUGCGCCAGGGUGUCUGGUACCUGAGUGUGGGUAUGAUGGGUCUGCUCGGUCUCUUCUUUGCCAUGUCCAUUUUCCGUCUGAUAUUGUUCUGUAUCACUGUAUUCGCUGUGCCACCAGGGCUCUGGCUGUUCCCUAAUCUGUUUGAGGAUGUUGGUUUCUUUGACAGCUUCAAGCCUUUGUGGGGCUGGCAAGAGAACAAGAAGAAAAAGAGCAAGAAGAGCAAAUCGGAACCCGCCGUUGGCAAUGUGGGCGAUGCCACUCCCUCAGCAACAACUACCUCUGCUCAGCCAGCAUCCACCCCGGGCCCGACACCCGUGAGACGGGACUUGACUGCCCGGGUCGAGGAAGUAGAGGAGUAA